AUGUCGCAAGGGUUAACUGAAAGUAAUGAAAAUUGUGUUUUUUAUGACGAAGAACGUAAUAAACAGUUUGAAGAAAAUGAAAGACAGAAAGAAACACUUAAUGACGAAGCAGAGAGAGAGAAAGAAACAGAAAAUGUUGAUGUAGAAGAUGUAGAAGAGAGAGAGGAAGAAACAGGAAAUGCUGAAGAGGAAGAUGAAGAUGCAGAGAGAGAGGAAGAAACGGAAAAUACUGAGGAGGAAGAUGAAGAGCAGGAAAGUGGUGACACAGGCGAUGAUGAGAGUGAUGAAUAUUCUGCAAGUGAAGUUGUAUCGGAUAUAGAUAAUGAUGUUUCAGAGGAAGAGGAAGAUGCACAGGAUAAUAGUGUCAAUGAAUGGGAUGCUGUCACAGAUUUGACACCUGAGUUGGAUGCGUGUACUUUAAAUGAAAGCACUUUUAAUAUUCCUAUAGAAGAUAUAUCUCCUGCAGGUAUUUUUUCCUUAUUUGUAACUGAUGAAAUAAUAGAUAAAAUGGUUACAGAAACUAAUAAAUAUGCGUUAAAACACAUCGCAGAAAAGCAAAAUAAUAACGAAAUAAAGACAAAAUCUCGGUUAUUAUCAUGGAAAGCUACGAAUAAUAUAGAAAUGCGGAAGUUUCUAGGGGUACUACUCGCAAUGGGUCUGAACAAAGUGUCUCAUAUAAAUGACUAUUGGUCAAAAAAAUCAAUAUAUCGAAACGAAUAUAUUGUAUCUGUAAUGACUCGGGAUAGAUUUCUGCUAUUACUGAAAUUCUGGCAUUUUUGUGAUGAUUCGUCAGCCAUCCACAAUACAAAUAAGUUGAAGAAAAUUCAUGAUUUGGCUAAUAUGCUCAACAGCAGAUUCCAAGAAGUAUUAACGCCAGGGCUGGAGAACAAAUGUCGUGUAGUAAUUGCAGACAAUUUCUACUCUUCAAUUGAAUUGGCGGAAGAACUCUUAUCUCAAAAAACCCGUUAUUGCGGUACCCUAAAUUCGAAGCGAAGGGGGCUACCUAAGGAGAUAGUGUUACUAAAGUUGAAGAAGGGUGAAAUCAAAGGAGCUAUGAAUAAAAAUGGCGUUAAAGUUAUUAAAUGGGUUGACAAAAGGCAACUUCUAAUGAUAUCUACUCUCAAAGAGGACAAAGAUGUGCUUGUCAACACUGGCAAAAAAAAUAGGAAGACGAAUGAAGAUAUAAAAAAAGCCUACAUGUGUCUUAACGUAUAA